UAAAUAAAUCACACUCCCCGUGUGUGUUCUUUUUCCCUGAUUCAAUUUCAAUCUCUAUAUCUAAUAUCUAUAUAUAUAUUUAUAAAAACAAUAAUAAUUGUAAUGAUGCAUGCGAUAAACGCAGUGCAAAUAAUAAGAAUGUUGACAAGUAGCAGUAGUAAUUCGAUGAUGCUAGAAGCUGAGAUUGAAUUCGGAUCGGCGUUGUUUUACGUAUACGUCGGAAUAUCGUGUUUUUUAGUUAUUUUCGCCGGAAUUAUGUCGGGACUUACUCUAGGAUUAAUGUCUUUAGGCCUUGUCGAACUCGAAAUCCUUCAACGUAGUGGCACUCCUACUGAAAAAAAACAAGCAGCUGUCAUAUUUCCUGUGGUUCAGAAACAGCAUCAACUUCUUGUAACAUUGCUUCUAUGCAAUGCAGCUGCGAUGGAGGCGCUGCCAAUAUACUUGGAUAAGAUUUUCAAUCAAGUUGUUGCAAUAGUACUUUCUGUAACUUUUGUCUUGUUUUUUGGAGAAGUGAUUCCUCAAGCAGUAUGUACCAGAUAUGGACUAGCUAUAGGUUCUAGUUUCAUUUGGCUUGUAAAGGUUCUGAUGAUAAUUUGCUAUCCAAUUGCUUAUCCUAUUGGCAAGAUGCUUGAUUUGGUACUUGGACAUAAUGAUGCUUUAUUUAGACGAGCUCAGUUGAAAGCCCUUGUAUCUAUCCAUGGCCAGGAGGCUGGUAAAGGAGGUGAGCUCACUCAUGACGAGACAACAAUUAUCAGUGGAGCACUUGAUUUAACUGAAAAGACUGCAGAGGAGGCCAUGACACCAAUUGAGUCAACUUUUUCCUUGGAUGUCAAUUCAAAGUUAGAUUGGGAAGCAAUGGGAAAGAUACUUGCAAGAGGUCAUAGCAGAGUUCCUGUGUAUUCAGGAAACCCAAGAAAUGUUAUUGGACUUCUAUUGGUGAAAAGUCUUCUUACUGUACGAGCAGAAACAGAGACCCCAGUAAGUGCAGUGUCUAUUAGAAGAAUUCCAAGGGUUCCAGCUGACAUGCCUCUAUAUGACAUACUAAAUGAGUUCCAAAAAGGAAGCAGUCAUAUGGCAGCUGUAGUCAAAACUAAAGGGAAAGGUAGAAAGCCUCCUGCACUUGAAGAAGAACCAAAUCAAGAAACAAUUAGCAUACGGUAUUCUCAAUCUGCAACUCCACAGCCAUCGAAGGAGGGCGAAAAGGGAGAUAGUGUAACAAUUGACGUGGAUACGUCUGCUAGAUUCACACAUACAUUCUCCAUGCAACGCGAUGCCGCAACAAAUGGAGCGCCUUAUUCAACCGAGGACAUUGAAGAAGGUGAAGUGAUUGGUAUUAUCACGUUAGAAGAUGUAUUUGAGGAACUUCUCCAGGAAGAGAUUGUAGAUGAGACUGAUGAAUAUGUUGAUGUUCACAAGAGGAUACGUGUCGCAGCAGCCGCAGCUGCUUCAUCUGUAGCCCGUGCUCCCUCGGUACGGAGAUUAACUUCUAUUGCUCAGGGAGGCCAAAAUAAGCAAGCUCAAACUCCAAAGAAACCUGGUGAUGAUGAUUCUACUUCAAAGUUGCAGAGAGCCCUUGCUGAGCCUUUACUUAAAAAGGACACAUAAAACAUAUAUUUGAGCUUGAUUUUGUAAGCUGAAGUUUGAUGAUCAGUUUUUCAAGCAGAGAGUUAUGCGUAUAGCCAGCCAAUCACAAAAAUAUAAAUAAGGGUGGGUUGUGCAUUCAGAUCACAGCAUACAUGCAGGUAUUUAUUGAUUUUUUUUUCUUUGUUGUAUGAAGUUAAGGUCACAUAUUGUAAAGCUUGUAACACAUGGAAAUAGCAGUAACAGGAAUUCUUAGACCUU